AUGGGAAAGCAGAAUCAUGUCCCUAAUGGAAGAUGUCAGCUAGUGGUGCUAAUCUCCGAAAGCCUUCCACGCAAGGCGGGCACGCCCUCUGGGAGCUCUGCCGACGAGGACACCUUCUCCUCCUCCUCAGCGCCCAUCGUCUUUAAAGACGUGAGAGCUCAGAGGCCGAUCAGGUCCACCUCGCUCCGCAGCCAUCACUACAGCCCCACGCCGUGGCCUCUGCGGCCCACGAACUCCGAGGAGACCUGCAUCAAGAUGGAGGUGAGAGUCAAGGCCUUGGUUCACUCUUCCAGCCCGAGUCCAGCCCUGAACGGCGUCCGGAAGGAUUUCCACGACCUCCAGAACGAGACCGCGUGCCAAGAGCAAGCCAAUUCCCUGAAGAGCUCGGCUUCUCAUAACGGAGACCUGCAUCUCCACCUGGAUGAACAUGUGCCUGUCGUUAUUGGACUUAUGCCUCAGGACUACAUUCAGUAUACUGUGCCUUUAGAUGAGGGGAUGUAUCCUUUGGAAGGAUCGCGGAGCUAUUGUCUGGACAGCUCUUCUCCCAUGGAAGUGUCUGCGGUUCCUCCUCCCGUGGGAGGGCGCGCUUUCCCCGAAGAUGAGAGUCAGGUAGACCAGGACCUGGUUGUCGCCCCAGAGAUCUUCGUGGAUCAGUCGGUGAAUGGCUUGUUGAUUGGCACCACGGGAGUCAUGUUGCAGAGCCCGAGAGCGGGUCACGAUGAUGUCCCUCCACUCUCACCAUUGCUACCUCCAAUGCAGAAUAAUCAAAUCCAAAGGAACUUCAGUGGACUCACUGGCACAGAAGCCCACGUGGCUGAAAGUAUGCGCUGUCAUUUGAAUUUUGAUCCGAACUCUGCUCCUGGGGUUGCAAGAGUGUACGACUCAGUGCAAAGUAGUGGUCCCAUGGUCGUGACCAGCCUUACAGAGGAGCUGAAGAAACUUGCAAAACAAGGAUGGUACUGGGGACCCAUCACACGUUGGGAGGCAGAAGGGAAGCUAGCAAACGUGCCAGAUGGUUCUUUUCUUGUUCGGGACAGUUCUGACGACCGUUAUCUUUUAAGCUUGAGCUUUCGCUCUCAUGGUAAAACACUUCACACUAGAAUUGAGCACUCAAACGGUAGGUUUAGCUUUUAUGAACAGCCCGAUGUGGAAGGACAUACGUCCAUAGUUGAUCUAAUUGAGCAUUCAAUCAGGGACUCUGAAAAUGGAGCUUUUUGUUAUUCAAGGUCUCGGCUGCCUGGAUCUGCAACUUACCCCGUCAGACUGACCAACCCAGUGUCCCGGUUCAUGCAGGUGCGCUCGUUGCAGUACCUGUGUCGUUUUGUUAUACGUCAGUACACCAGAAUAGACUUAAUUCAGAAACUGCCUUUGCCAAACAAAAUGAAGGAUUAUUUACAGGAGAAGCACUACUGAAAGAUGAGAACCCUGCAUCUUGCACUUUGGGAAUAAGAACAAAAGAUUGAAACACAGUUUACAGACUUUCAUUGCCAUCAAAAUAUUUUGCUGCCAUUACUAUUUCAGUUUUAUGUGUAAAAGAGUCAUCAGUUUGUUUAGGGGUCGGGAAAUGUCAGCAAGGUGUCUUGGGUUUAUUUUGGUUCUUUAAAAAGGGAAGUCUUGAGGUUUUAGAGGUGUGAAUUAUCUUUCAUCAAUGUGCAGAAUAAUCACAAUGUGAAUUAUCAAAUUCUCCUAAUGCCCCUCCCCCCAGUCCUUUGCUGCUAUCCACUGUGAUUUUUAUGCAUUAAAAGCACAUUUCAUGUGUAUUCAACCCUAAGUAAAGCUGAAUGAAACUUACAGAAUGGAAAUUGCUAUGUCUUUUUAAAUGGCCCAUUUUCAAAAGAUAGUGUUGAAUAAACAUACCUGGUGUGAUAAAACACAGAAUUUACUAUACACUGAAGAUGAGUUUUUAAUCUCUUUAAAAAGAUUUAUUUAGAAUCGUGAAUUUGACAUAAUCUUGGGUAAUGGAACGGAGAUCUGCAACUUAUCUUUUAACAACACUUUUUUCUAAAUUAUUUCUAAGGUUGUGCUAAUUCUUUUGGUUGUGAAAAGUUGAAUUUUUCUGUUGCCUUCAUUUUCAUCUUAUAGUUUGUCUAUUUUAAUAAAUGGCCUUACAGUAAAAAAUUGUAAAGAAAUGUAUACCACCGAUUUAGAAAUUGUUGCCUUUUCUGUAAUUGAACUCGGGUACAAAUUGGCGCAUAACAUGAAAACCUAUGGAACUAGAAUUAUUAUUAAAGAAAUAUUAGAUGAUC